AUGGCGGACACCAAGACUGAGCCGACGGUUCAGCAUGACGACAAACAACGUUCCGAGACUGUCGAAGACAUGACCUCUGCGGCUACGGCCGCACUGCCGCAGACGGAGGUCAACGACAAACUCAGGUUUGCCGACUUCUGGGAUAACAAGCGUGUCUUGGGAUUCUGCCUCUUGAUUUAUCUUUUGCCCAUCAAUUUCGGUUACGAGGUCACCACCAUCGGAAAGCUUCUUGCCGUCACCCCUUUCGCGCAACGGUUCGGCCACGAGGUCAAUGGAAAAUGGGUCGUCGCAGCCAAAGACCAGCAGAUUCUCAACGCCGGCGGCACCAUCGGUAUCUUCGUCUCAGCUUUCGCAACGGGUAUUAUCAGCGAUUACAUCGGUCGCAAACGGACUAUCAUUAUUGCUUGUAUCAUCUGCUGCGGCGGCAUCAUCCUUCAAUACUUCAGCACAACCGUGCUCAUGCUCUUUGGCGGCAAGACUGUUGCUACGUUUGGGUUCGGAUUGGGCCAUUCUCUGGGCCCUGUUUUUGUCGCCGAAUUGGCCCCGGUCAAAAUGCGUGGUGUGUGCCUGGUGCUGGUCAACACCAUGAUCACCAUUGGCCAGUGGCUUAACUCUGUGACGGUCUUGGGAAGCGACCACUACCACAAUGACCUGUCUUGGAGGAUCCCUCUUAUCACUCAGCUUAUUCCUCCUGGCCUGCUUCUCCUUGGUCUGCCGUUCCUUCCUGAAUCUCCUAGUUGGCUUCUUAUCAAGGGUCGCCGGGAGGACGCUGCGAAGUCUUUCCGACGAUUCAACGGACCCAAGUUCGACGUUGAUGCUGCCAUGGCUGUAGCGACAAUUGCAAUUGCAAAGGAGCAGGAAGCCAAGAAAGAGCAAGAGUCUAGCCGCUGGCUUGACUGUUUCAGGGGCACGAACGGUCGCCGAACCCUCAUCAUCGUCAUGGUCUACCUGUCCCAGCAGUUCAUUGGUGUGAAUUUUGUCAGCGGAUAUUUGACCUACUACUUCCGUCUCGCAGGCGUCAACAACCCAUUGGCCAUUGCCCAAGCGGCGUAUGCCAUUCAACUUGUCGGUAACAUGACAUCAUGGCCGUUGGUCGAUCGAUACGGACGACGUCCUCUGAUUGUAGGCGGUGUAUUUGUCAUGACUGCUCUCCUACUCCUUAUCGGAGGCAUCAGCACCAUCGGCACCGCGGCCUCUCUUUCGGCGACAGUCGCUUUCAUGGUUAUCUGGGGCUACUUGUACCAGGCAACUCUGGGUGCCGUUGCUUAUUCUGUUGGUGGAGAAACUGCUAGUGUGCAACUCCGGCAAAAAACCUACAGUAUCAACAUUAUGUGCUCGACGGCGGCAUCUUGUUUGGUGCAACAGGUGAUGCCCUACCUCAUCAACACGGAUCAAGCCAACUUGGGGGGCAAAAUCUGCUUCAUUUUCUUUGGCCUGUCUCUGCCAAUGUGCGCCUGGCUCUACUUCUACUUCCCCGAGAUGAAGGGUCGCAAUUAUGCUGAAAUCCAGGAAAUGUUCAGCAAUAAGGUGCCGGCCCGCAAGUUCAAGACGUAUGUGUGCGAAGUAAGCACUGGGGGUCUUGAGGAGAAGAAGCUGCAGGAGGAAGCAUGA